GGCAUUGUUGGGGUCACUUGCGUAUUUCCGAUUGACUUGGCUAAGACCCGACUCCAGAACCAAAGACAAGGACAACAGAUCUACAAGAAUAUGAUGGAUUGCCUAAUCAAAACAGUACGGUCAGAGGGCUACUUUGGCAUGUACAGAGGUAAGAUUCGUUCUUUAUUGUUUUUUUUUUUCUUGUUAUAUUUUGUUAAACAUAAUAGAAUUUAAUUUUGAUAGAAAAAUGUACAGAGUGUUAGAUAAAAAGUGCACAUUACCGAGGUGCAAAAAGAUAAAAUUACGUUAAAAUUAAUUGUGGUGGUAGAAAAGAUGGCAUUAUGCUCUUUAAGCACACAUGCCUCUAAAAACAUUUGUAAAGAUGUGUAAUUACAUUAUGUAAAUUUACAAAUCGAAGACAUUAUAGAAGUAGAAAACAUUUUUUGGUUUGAAACAUGAUCAGGUAAAUUGAUUUUGAAGUUUGCACGUAAUCUGGUAGACAAAAUUUGUUUAACUUUGGAGAAAAUUUGAGCCCAUAUUGUUUCUACAAUAUGGGUCUCUACUUCUGUGAGGAAUGCUGUUUGUUUGCAUCUGUGUUUUUCAUGUUACAGACAUGGGUCCCCCCUGGGAUAGUGAAGGCUAGCCGAUUUAAGGCGCAGCCACGCUGGAGGCAAAUCAUUUAUCAUGGUGCUGCAGUGAAUCUUACUCUUGUGACACCUGAGAAAGCUAUCAAGUUGGCUGCCAAUGACUUCUUUCGCCACCACCUUUCCAAAGAUGGGAAGGGCUUGACUGUGGUUAAAGAGAUGUUGGCUGGUUGCGGAGCAGGCAUGUGCCAAGUUAUAAUCACUACUCCCAUGGAGAUGUUGAAAAUUCAGCUACAAGAUGCUGGAAGAUUAGUUGCCCAGCAGAGAAUGCCUGGCAUCCUGGCUUCCAGUAAACUGGCCCCAACAAAUGCUGUGCUGAGCCGGUCAUAUAAUGUGUUGCCAAGCUCGUCUGCCCGGACUGUCUCUGCCACCCAGAUAGCAAAACAGCUUCUGCAUACGGAGGGUAUUCAGGGCCUGUAUAAAGGGCUGGGAGCUACACUCAUGAGAGAUGUGCCAUUCUCUGUCGUGUACUUUCCUCUUUUUGCUAAUCUUAACCGCUUGGGUAAGCGCUCUGAAGAUGAUGUGGCUCCAUUUUAUUGGUGCUUCCUAUCUGGCUGUGUAGCUGGCUCCACUGCUGCAGUGGCGGUUAACCCAUGUGAUGUGGUGAAAACAAGACUGCAGUCGCUAAGCAAAGGAGCUAAUGAGGAGACAUAUAGUGGAGUAAUGGACUGUGUGAGUAAAAUCAUGAAGAAGGAAGGGCCUUCUGCUUUCCUGAAGGGAGCUGGCUGCAGGGCACUUGUCAUUGCACCCCUCUUUGGCAUUGCACAAGUGAUGUACUUCGUUGGAGUUGGAGAAUUCAUCUUGGGCCAAAGCCCCUUUAACCUUCUCUCUCCUUAAAUAAUAUCCAUGGCUGCCUGAAUCCAGUUUUCUGAUGAAGGCAAACAAAAUAUAUUCAAGUAGAUAGAACAUAGUUAGCAAGAGUUUAACAGAUCUGCUGUUAUAAACUUCUUGAGCCGCCUUCUGGCCUUACUGCACUUCCUGUUUGGUUUACUGGCUUCUUUGAUGGGCUGUGGCCAACAUUUUGCACUUGUUGGUAAGGCUUUUCCAGAGGUUGGUGCUUGAGUUGGUGCUGUAUGUCCUUCUUAAAGGACUCUCAAACAAUUUACCCUCAGUGAGGGAGAACGGUGUCUGUAUUUGGCACCUUGUUCAACACAAUGAUUGAAGUCCUUUUUGUAUUCUUUCUUUUUUGUGAUGUAGCUGUUUUGUCUUUCAUGUUUUCCCUCUUUAUUUUGCUGAAGUAUGUCUAAGAUUUCAUACAUUACCUUUUGCAAUGGCUGGUAAUCAGUCUAGCAGUUUUUAAUGUGACUGUAUUUAUUUUACUUGGUAGCUGAAAUGGUCAGACUUUUUCAUUCCAAACAACACUUGUUACAGAGGAUGUUUUGAAUAGACAUAACUUCUGUUGUGUACUAGGCUUGUUACUCUCUUUUGUCAUCCUAUCCUAUUUUAUUCUAUGCAUUUGUCAAAUGGAGUGGACCAGUUUGAGCAAAAAAAAGUUACGGUGGCAGACAUUUGCAGUUCCUGUAUAAAGCACACCUCAGGUUUGGAUUCUGUUUGCUUCAACUUCUAUAACUUUUUUUUUUUUUUUUUUUUUUUAAACUGACACAAAGGGCAAACAGGUGCUGAACACCUUUAAUGCUCAGUACACUAGCUGUGGCAUUUUUUCUUGCUAGCUAAAUAGAGAACAGUAGUGUUAAUUUACUGUACUGGUAAAUACUGGCCAUUUGCAACCCUUAGUGAAGGGUUAGGAUGAACACGCUGUUGAACACUCAAGCAGUUUCUAAUUUUACUUGACAUGCAUUCUGUACAGAUUUAUGCAAUGUUACAGCAGCAUGACCAUCAAUAAUUACUACCUGCAUGUCUGAUUUACAUCUACAGUAUGAACAUUUUGGAUAUAUAGAUCAGUUCAGUGACUGCUACCAUUUAAAGUAUUAGUUCAUUUUCUACUGUGAUGAUGCAAACAUGAAAAACAAUAAAUGCAUCUGAAAACCA